GUCGCUAUUGUCGUUGUCGUUAUUUCAUAGUGGACCUUCUGAGAAAUUGUGUUUGUAUGUGGAAAGUGAAUACCCUGCUGAAUGUAGCCGACGAAACGAAGAUUUUCAUUCUAUUUCCUGCUACUUACAAUAGAUAUUAAGAAAACGUUGCACUUCACUUGCGGUCAGACGUCGAAAUGUACGGCCGAAGUAAUAGAUUAUGCGCCAAGCUGUCCAGUGCAUUCCUGAGGAAGUGGUGGUUUGUGAUAGCAUUCGCUCUAAGCUUGCUCGUACUCGGAGUUCUAGUCACAUUUGGAUUUACCACACUAGUUAAAGCAAUAAUUAAUCAUCAAGUAGCUCUAAGAAAAGGAGGACAGUCCUUUGGAUGGUGGUCAAAACCACCAGUCGAACCAAUCAUUCGAGUAUUCGUCUACAACGUCACCAACGCUGACGAAUUUCUAAACAAUGGAACAAAACCAGUUCUGGAUGAGUUGGGGCCUUAUGUUUACGUAGAAACUUGGGAAAAAGUCAACAUUGUUGAAAAUCCAAAUGGAACUAUAAGCUAUAAUCAGAAAAGGAUAUAUAUUUUCGAUGAGGAUCAAUCUGGUGGACUCGAAGAUGACGUGGUGAUCGUGCCAAAUAUUCCUAUGCUUAGUGCAACAUCUCAAAGUAAACAUGCAGCUAGAUUUCUCCGGCUUGCUAUGGCUAGCAUCAUGGAUAUUUUAAAAAUCAAACCUUUCGUUGAGGUUUCCGUUGGGCAACUGCUCUGGGGAUAUGAAGAUCCAUUAUUAAAACUUGCGAAAGACGUUGUGCCUAAAGAACAAAAAUUACCUUAUGAAGAGUUUGGACUUAUGUAUGGAAAGAAUAGUACAUCAAAGGAUACAGUAACUAUUUGGUCAGGAGUUGACGACAUUACUAAAUACGGUAUAAUUGACAAGUACAACGGAAAAUCUCAUCAAACCCACUGGGUCACUGAACAAUGCAAUCGUCUAAAUGGCACAGAUGGAUCCAUCUUUCCACCACACAUAAGUAAGAACACCACACUUUUCGUAUAUGAAAAGGAUCUCUGCCGAUUACUACCGCUGUCUUUUGAAAAAGAAGUUGUCGUCAAAAAUGGAGUUCAGGGAUAUCGAUUCACUCCAUCACCGACUGUAUUUGCCUCCGUUGAUAUAAACAAGGAAAAUAUGUGCUUCUGCCCGGCAGGACCACCUUGUGCGCCCAACGGACUAUUCAAUGUUUCGUUAUGUCAAUACGAUUCCCCGAUAUUGCUUAGUUUUCCUCACUUUUAUUUGGCGGAUCAAUCCCUGAGAACUGCUGUUGAGGGAAUUUCACCGCCAGAAAAAGAAAAGCACCAGCUUUUUAUUGAUGUUCAACCGGAUAUGGGUACCGCUCUUCGUGCACGAGCUCGUAUACAAAUUAACUUGGCUGUAAGUCAGGUUGUUGACAUAAAACAAGUAGCGAACUUCCCAGACAUCGUAUUUCCUAUUCUGUGGUUCGAAGAAGGCAUUGAUUCACUUCCUGACCAAAUACUGGACCUGAUGAAAGUUGCCACGACUGUUCCACCAAAAGCAAAAUUAUUCUUAACGAUUUUGCUUUUUGCUCUUGGAGGUUUUCUUUUCAUAAUCGCUGUAAUCUGUCUCGUCCGAAAGUCACAUCGACAGAGCACGCUUCAUCUUGAAGGGUCCAACUAUUUAGCAACUGCAUCUGUUGACCAAGCCAAAAAGAAGGCUAAAUUGGAAAAUGGAAAUCAUACAAAUUAAACUGUAUUUUUUAUUCUUGUGAUUGGGGUAUGCUUCAUAGGUGUCCAUUUAGACAGUACUCUAAAAUAUUUAUUUUAAAUAAACAAGACGUGGUCCACGGGAUAAAUUGCUUAAUAAGAUUGCUCAAUUUAGACAAUUUAGGGAAUAUCUUCGGUACAUAACAGCUAUUUUUCUUAAAAACAAUGCUUCAACACAUGUAUGUACAAAAACCUGCAAAAUAUUGAUAGUUUGAAAAUGUUUGCCAUACACCUGUGGCGAAAUGCGUGCGUGAUUAUUCAAAUAUUUGAACACUACACCUUCAGUGCUACAAUUAAGAAACAGGCCUAUCUACAUCUGAAAUGAUGACAAAGGUGCCACGCCACAUCUAAAAGUAAUAUUCGAACCAGCCUUUAGAUUCUAAGAUUAGGUUUCACGAACGAACACUAGGAACAUAACUAUCCGAUAUUCAACAAAUAUCCGUCUAAGG